UACAGCGUCAACGGUUAAGGAAGACGUCCAGACUGAUGGCAGCCACACAGAAACUGGCCAGUUGUCGGCUACCUCCUCUCCCUACCAUAGGGGAGAUCAUCAAACUCUAUAAUCUGAAAGCACAGAAGCAGCUUUCUCAGAACUUCCUCCUAGACACGAGGCUCACAGAUAAGAUUGUCCGGCAGGCGGGAAACCUCAACAAUGCACAUGUCUGUGAGGUGGGACCUGGACCCGGGGGUCUCACCAGGUCUAUUCUGAAAGCUGGAGCUGCAGAUUUAUUAGUGGUGGAGAAAGACAUGCGCUUUUUUCCAGGAUUACAGCUUUUGUCAGAGGCUGCUCCUGGAAGAAUAAGGAUAGCACAGGGAGAUAUUCUCGCAUUCAAACUGGAAAGAAGGUUCCCAGCUAACAUAACCAAGACAUGGGAAGACGAUCCCCCCAAUCUGCACAUUAUUGGGAAUCUGCCCUUUAGUGUGUCCACGCCACUCAUUAUAAAGUGGUUGGAGCAGAUGUCUAACAGGUCUGGGAUCUUUACAUUUGGACGUACAAGGCUGACACUGACCUUUCAGAAAGAGGUGGCCGAAAGGUUAACGGCGAGCACAGGAAGCCGCCAACGCAGCCGUCUCUCAGUCAUGGCUCAAUAUCUCUGCACUGUCAAAAGCUGUUUCACAAUCCCGGGACAAGCCUUUGUUCCAAAACCAAACGUCGACGUGGGGGUGGUGCACUUCACUCCGCUGGCGCAGCCCCAGAUCCAGCAGCCCUUCAAGCUGGUGGAGAAGAUUGUGAAGAACGCCUUCCAGUUCCGGAGGAAACACUGUCGCAGAGGACUCGAGAUGCUGUUCCCAGAGUCUCAGCGCCAAGAACUGACGGAGGAGCUGUUGUGCAGUGCUGAUGUGGAUCCCACACUGCGGCCCACAGAGAUCUCUAUUUCUGAAUUCAGGGCUUUAGCAGACGCCUACAGCAAGCUUUGCAAUCAGAACCAAGGCCUUUUCGACUACAAUUUCAGAGAGGAACUGAAAUUCAAGCAUCAGGUAAAGAGACAGUCGGAUGGAGGCAACCAAAGAGGACUUCACCUUCACACCACGACUGAAGAGAAGGCGGAUGGAAACCACUGACGCAGGCUUCAGUCUCUCAAACAGAUGUAUCCAGGCAGAUGAAGCGCCAGAGUAAAGUUGUGGAUAAGGUUUGACGUUGAAACACUCAGUAAAAGCUUUUCAAAUGUUGAGAUUAAAA